AUGGCGACGUCACUCGGGAAACGCAGGCAAAGAGAAGAAGACGCACAACCCUCAUCACUACCACACGGGUCCACACUAUUUGUAUCCAACCUCCCUUAUGACGCAACAUCCACCGACCUACAAACAACAUUCUCAGACCUAGCACCCGUGCGCUACGCCUUUGUUGUAUCCAAGAAAGGAUCUGGGGAAUCCAAAGGUUUUGGUUAUGUAUCCUUUUCUAUUAAGGAGGAUGCGCAAACUGCUUUCGAUACCGUAUCGACUGAGGGGAUCGAGAUCAAUAGGAGAAAGUUGAGGGUCAAGUGGGCGGAUAAGAAGAUGGAUAAGGACAAAUUUGAAAGCUCGAAGGAGCGCGUUGAAAAGGACAAAUUUAGAAGCCCGAAGGAGCACGUCGCAAAGGAGAAGAAGGGGGAGGCGAAAAAUCAAGAGGUGAUAAAGCAAAAGGCGAUAAAGCAGAAAGUGAUAAAGCAGGAGGCAAAAAAACGCGAGCAGGAAGUACAAAAGCAGGAGGAAAAGGUGGAGCUUGAAGAUGUCAAUGCGAGUGACGCCGAAUCAGGUAACGUUGAAGAGGGUGAUGUCGGGAUGGACAAUGUUGAAGAUAGUGAAGCUGAGCUGAGUGGUGCUGAAGACGAAGAUGAGCAGUUGGGUCUUCAUGAAGACGAGCACAGCGACGAGGACGAGGACGAAGACAUCGAAGAUGACGACGAGCAAGAAGCCAUAAGUAUUGAACAUCAUCGACGUCCCAUGAAACCUCAGCUACCUCAAACGGACACAGGUACCACACUCUUCAUCCGCAAUAUCCCUUUCAUUGCUACAGAGGACGAACUACGGGCACUAUUCCGCACAUUUGGGGCUCUACGGUAUGCUCGAAUCACCGUCGAACCAGGCACCGAACGUUCGCGAGGUACCGGUUUCGUUUGCUUCUGGAAUAAAGAGGUCGCCGACAAGGUGAUCGAGCAAAGCGAGAUUUUGCGCGCCGAAACCAUGGGCUCGCAGCAACCAACAAAAAACCCAUUUACCCUGCCGUCCAUCUUAACACCUGAUCCAUCUUCAGGCGUGGCUAAAAGCCUUGUACUUCAUGGUCGCACUUUAGACGUCGUGAGAGCUGUCACGCGGGAUCAAGCAGGUAAGCUGAAGGAUGAAGGCGAGAGAAGACGAGAGAAGGCAGAUAAGAGAAAUCUUUACUUGUUGCGAGAGGGAGGUAAGGUUGACUUUAUUGUCAUCCCUGUUAUCUUUGUAAACCAGAAUUCUCCAGUCAUCUUGCCCAAUACGCCAGCUGCCAGCACCAUACCACCUAUUGAACUGGAGAAGCGGACUAAUUCAUUCACUGCCCGCCGCACGAUGUUGCGAACAAAUCCUUCCUUAUACGUAUCAAAGACUCGACUCAGCGUUCGCCAGAUACCCCUAUUCGUUACUGAGCGGACUCUCAAACGCCUCGCCCUCCACGCUCUUCGCGCAUUCAAAGAUGAAGUCCAAAAGGGUGAACGCGACGGUCUGACCCCCGAAGAGCUGGAAGAGGCUACCAGGGAAUCCGAUGAGCCAGGCGACUCCAGCAUGAAACCGAAGGUCGGGAAACGAUCGCAGGGAAGCAAAUCCAAAGGUGUCAAGCAAACCAAAAUCGUGCGUCAACAUGAACGGGUAGAUCCUGUCACAGGAAAAGGCCGCAGCAAAGGUUACGGAUUUAUCGAGAUGCCGCGGCAUGCGGAUGCGCUACGCGUUCUUCGGUGGGCCAACAACAACCCUGCUGUCGCGCCACUUCUGAGCACCUGGUGGAAAGAAGAGCUCGGAGACCUGAUCAAGCUCGAGAAGGGAAAGGGGGAUCCUGAUGAAGCUAGACUGAAACGGAUGAAAGAUGAGCUAGAAGGCCAGGUGAAAACACCUAAGGGUACGCUUAUUGUGGAAUUCUCCAUAGAAAACGUGCAGGUCGUCCAGCGAAGAGCGAACCAGAACAAGGAAAAACCGACAGCAUUUACACGCGUCACAAAAAGCCACGGUGAAACAUCUCAAGAACCGCCUAUCAAGAAACGACGCGUUGCGGCUGAUGAAACACCAGCGAAGCCUGUGAGAGAAGAACAUGCUAAUGAUGGUCAGAGUAUCGGUGCAGUUAUCGGUAGAAAGAGGAGGGAGCGUAAAGCUGCCAAGAAGGGCGGAAAGUAG